UACUCAUUAUCCUGUUUUGUACACUCUAGGUGGCGCCUGUGUGUUAUUCCAAAGACUACAGUGUAUCACCAAAUUCGACUGAGAGACUCUGUGCGUGUCUCAUUGAUUGUGCAAAGGGAUCUGGGAUACAUGUGGUAAAAUGGCGGCGUCCUGUAAAUUAGUGUUUUUAUGAUUUUGCGUCUAGUUUACAUUUUUAUAAAUAUUAUUAAUAUAUCUAUUGACAUAGUUUAAUUAGUAAAAAAAAAUGUCAGAAGAAGAAACUCUAGGUAUAGAAGUUAUACUAAACGAAGAGGGACUGGAGAAAGCACCGUCAUGCCCCCAUGGUCCUACUCUGUUGUUUGUAAAGGCCAGUAAAGGAGUGGAACAGGGUAGAAGAUUUUAUGCCUGUUCAGCCUGCAGAGAUAGAAGGGACUGUAACUUUUUCCAGUGGGAAGAUGAGAAGGUGUCAGAAGUUAGACUUUUGGCCAGAGAAGAAAACAACAAAAUAAAACAACCUCCAUAUACUCACCAAGAGUACCUCUCAAGAUACAGGCAGUUCAUAUCACUGCCACUGGCUCAGAAGAGAUUUUGUCGGGACUGUCAGUUGCUGUUACUCCCUGAUGAAUGGACCAUGCACACUGCACACCAGAUUCUGGCUGAUGUUUCUCUGGCGCAGCUGAGAAGGCCAAGUCAGUUGUUGCAUCCGCUGGAAAAUAAAAAGACUAAUGCACAGUAUUUGUUUGCCGACCGGAGCUGCCAUUUCUUGUUAGAUCUGUUUGCUAACCUUGGAUUUGUAAAGGUGCUCUGUGUUGGAACACCAAGGCUCCAUGAACUGAUUAAAAUGAGGAACUCGGCUGGAAAUAAUCAAGUAAUGAAGAGCCUGUUACUGGACAUUGAUUUCAGGUAUUCCCAGUUUUAUCAAGAGGGGGAAUUUUGCCACUACAACAUGUUUAACCAUCAUUUUUUCAGCGGAAAGUCAGCAGAAGACGUUUGCAGAACCUUCCUGCUUGAAGAAAACAGAGAGCGGGUUGUCAUGGUAACAGACCCACCUUUUGGAGGUCUAGUUAAGCCUUUGGCCCACAGUUUUAAUAAAAUUGGUGCAGAGUGGAAAAUCCAAAAGAAACCAGAAAACUGUAUCCAGGAGAUGCCCAUGUUUUGGAUAUUCCCAUAUUUCUUUGAGUCUCGCAUCAAGGAGUGUUUCCCAACAUUUACAAUGUUAGAUUACCAGGUUGACUAUGAAAAUCACGCACUUUACAAACACGGGAAGACUGGCCGCAGACAAUCUCCGGUUCGGAUAUUCACUAACCUGUCACCUGGAGACAUUGUUCUUCCUGCAGUGGAGGGCUACCGAUUCUGUUCCCUUUGCCAGAGAUAUGUCUCAUCAGAAAACAAACACUGUGAUAUCUGCAGUGCCUGUACAUCCAAGGAUGGCAGAGGGUGGAAGCACUGCUCAUUGUGCAACACGUGUGUAAAACCAUCCUGGGUUCACUGUAGCGCUUGUAAUCACUGUGCCCUGAGGGAUCAUUCCUGUGGGAGGCUUCCAGCUGGCUGCUUUAUCUGUGGCAGCACAGACCACAAGCGCAGGGCGUGUCCAAGCACGGCAGUGCCACAACAAAACAAGCAAAGGAAAGGGAAAAAACGGAAUGGACUGCAGGAGAAAGCCAUGGCACAAAAAUCUACUCUUACACAUACAUCAAGAAGAAAGAAAUGCAAGCUGAAGAAAAAGAAAAGCAAAUAAUCUCUCCAUAGAUUUACAGUGUGUGUGUGUGUGUGUUAUAUAUAUAUAUAUAUAUAUAUAUAUAUACACACACACACACUAAUGAGAAAGUGUUCUUGGUUAACGAUUUUGCUCUCUAUGCAAGCUUUGCAAAAUAACUUUUUUUUUGUCGUUUUAUAGCAACCCAGGUACUCAAAAGGACAACAUCCAUUGUUUGAAAACUUAAGCCCUGAGGAUCCAUUUUAGAUGUCCUCAUCUCAAUGUACUGAUUAAAAAAGCAGCAGAUUUGGUUGAAUCGUUUUAGAAUUGAACCUCAGGGUUUUAGCUUUCACAUGACGUGUGUUGUCUGUAGUAUUUGGGGUACAUUGUCAUUCUGAUAGGGGGUCCUUGCUGCUCUGCUAAAACAAUAAAUGUCAGUUGACACAAGUCAAUAAGUAUGCCAGUUUACUAGGGCAUACACCAUACCUCCAGAGCCAGACUGAGAAAUUGUGUAAGUCUAUUUGUGAAGUGACAGUGUGUCUCUAAGGGUGUGAUAUGUACUACGUUAUGCAUUUUGAAUAUGAGAACAUUUGAUCAAGAACUUCAAAGAAGCUGUGAUGUAAUUUAUUUCACUUGAGUUGUAAAUUAUUAUAACUUUUUUAAAUUACACAGGAAAUAUUACUAAUAGUAAACACUGUUUAACAAAUAAAAUGGUAAAUACGGUAAACGUU